GAUCCACCCACCUUGGCCUCCCAAAGUGCUGGGAUUACAGGCAUGCUGAUUCCUUAUGAGGACCUGGGAAAAUCUUCCCUGGGGUCACCAUAGCCGGUGAUCUGUAUUUAUCUUGAUCACUGUUUUGUUUUUCAUCUUACGGAUAUGUUGAAUUUUGUAGUUGGUCUUGUUUCCAUUUUUAUUUGUCUAAGAGGCAUCUUAAGCCACAUUCUCACUAACUUCGAGCAAAUGUGCAAGACUUCAUGCUUGCCUAUCUGUGAUGGAUUUUACCCGUGGCUUUAUUAUUUUCCUGCCCUUACUUUACCUUUCCCCCAAAUUCAGUAACUUGUUUAUUUUAUCGGGGUGGGGGGUUGUUUGCUACCAGAAAUAACAAGGCAAAAAUAAAUAGCUGGAGGAGAAAGUCAGGAAUGGGACAUAUCUCAACUGCUGCAGUAAGUUUGAAGACCUCUUCUUAAGUUCAAAAGAUCAUUUGGUAAGGAAAGACUAGAGAAUACUCACCUAACAGCAGAUUUUAUGAAAAUACAAAAAUAACAGCCAGCGAUUUAGGCGCUUAGAUAUAUAUGGUCUAAUAUAUGAGCUUCUAUAUGAUCUAAGACAUUUAGAUCAUAUAUAAAACAGCAUGAGGCAAUAGAGAUAGCUUCUAGCCUCCCACACUUCACUUAACAUGGAGUAUAGUGGUAAGUUUCUUUUCUGUCUUCCCUGGCAGACAGUCCCUUGAGAGCAGGGACCACAUCAACCUCACCUUUGUAUCUACUAUACUUACUGCACUGCGUUUCAGGCAUUCAAUGUUAAACGUAUGAAUGAGUAAAUAUAGAUUAUAAAAAAUAAAGCCUCCCCUAAUCUCAGACUGCAUCAGCAAAAGUACAAUGCCCUGAAUGCAGGAAAUACGCACACAAUGUACCAUAAACUAUUGUGCUUGGCCAAGUCUAGAGCUCUAAGCUUAGAGUAGAUGCCAGCAUAUUUUUAAAGGGAUACUGACAGAGUGAAGCAGAUCCAAAGGAGAGCAGUCGUCUGGCUGAAUGGCUGCAAGUCAUGUGGUUCGAGGGAAAACAAUGUGAGCCUACACAAAAAGAUUCUCAUAAGGGCGUUUUGACAAACAUCUGAAGGACAGUCUUGUGGAAGAAAGCAUAGAUUUGUCCUGUCUGAUUCCAAAUGGCAGAAUCAGAGAUAGUGGAUGUAAAUUAAAAGGAAGAAUGUUCUUCAACAUUCUGGGGUCCUCUGUGAGCCAGUAAACUCUGUAUACCUAGGUAGAGAAUUAACUACUGCAGUUGAGUAGAGAUGGGCGAAGUAGUUGAGUGGUUGGAUUAGAAAAUGUUUAAUAUGGCUGGGCACGGUGGUUCAAGCCUGUAAUCCCAGCAUUUUGGGAGGCCGAGGCAAGUGGAUCACAAGGUCAAGAGAUCGAGACCAUCCUGGUCACCAUUGUGAAACCCCGUCUCUACUAAAAAUACAAAAAAUUAGCUGGGCAUGGUGGCGCGUGCCUGUAAUCCCAGCUACUCAGGAGGCUGAGGCAGGAGAAUUGCCUGAACCCAGGAGGUGGAGGUUGCGGUGAGCCGAGAUCGCACCAUUGCACUCCAGCUUGGGUAACAAGAGUGAAAUUCCGUCUCAAAAAAAAAAAAAGAAAGAAAGAAAAUGUUUAAUAUUUCUUCUAAAUCCAAGAUGUCAAAACUUUAUGCCUGCAGUAGUUGCAAGGAACAAAUAGAUUCCAUAUGAACACAUGACAAGCCAAUCUCAUUAAUGUGCCACGUAACGAUGGUUUACAGGUAUUGACACGACUGGUAAGGCUAAAGAGCUUUCUGUUAGUCAUGAAAGUCUUUCUGGAGGCAAUUGGUUUUAACUGAGCCUCAUGGGUGGAAGAGGAGGGAAUCACACAAUUCCAGAUCUGUGAAACAAUUGAGAAAAGUGAAAGAAUUCUGGUUGGGCUGGAGUGGGUGGAUGUAAUAAUGAAUGGUCCCAGGACAGGACAGACCAGGUUGCUUUCAUAUGGGCUGGAACUGAUGGUUGUAUCUCCAGGGAAUGGUAUAAGGGGAGAGCACAUGCUCCUGGAGGCCCAUAGAUGGCAAUUUACCAGACAGUAGGGAGGGCUGAGAGACAAAGUAAAGGAAAUCUAUUACCACCCACAAGUGUUUGUGGCAGGCUCUGGACUCCAGAUGAGAGCCAUGGUCUGGAGCUAGGGAAGCCAAUCUGGGCCGUGCCCUUUCAUGGAAUCCUGGUCAUGGCUGCCAGUGUUAGUAUCACUGGCUUUUCUGCACUGGGCAUGGGACAUGGGGUGCGUGCAGAUGGGGAAGGCUAACUGACACUGAGUUGGGCACGCACAUCACAAAUCAGUUGGUGAAGAUCUUCAAACACUGGCCUUCAGAGCCCACAGGAAGGCUGUGACAUCAGCCCACAACCUUUGGGUUCCCGUAAUUUCGAAAGCAGCCUUCCAAAUCAGCCCUGCAUUUUUCCGCCUGCCACUUGUAUCUCAAACACUUUCCCACUUGGCAGAACUACCUUGGCUCCCUCUGAGCAGACUGACGAGGAGGCUGGAAUGUGUGUGAAGGAGCAGAAAGGGCAGCAGACAGUGAGCCAUUCCUGGCUUCUGUAAAAGCACUCCUUAGCUUUCUGCCCUGUGUAUACAAGAUUCCAUUGAGCGCUAAUCUGGGAUCAUCUAUCAAAAGACUUGAAAAUUCGAAAUACCAAAAGUUUUGCUUAGAGGUCAAAUUUCAGAGUUUUGACUGUAUUUGGAGUGUUUGCAUUGAGAGUGAACACCAUGAGAAACUCAAGACAUAGACAGCGUUAGCCUUGAGGACAGACAGAGUGCACAGUAUAAACAAACUACCCUAGAAAGGGUUGGCAAAGAGGGUCAAGCUGAGCUGCUUGUUUAUUUGAGGCUUGGGGGGUGGGGUGAGUCUCUAGUUCUUACCUAUGGGUUACUCCUAAGAGGGCGUGUGGCUCCUGUUGUUUGAUAAGGGCUCUGGGCUCUAUACUUCUUCCUUGAAGACACCAGAUCUCAAUCACUAUGGGAUUUUAGCCACCCCCUACCCAUAUUUCCAUGUAGACAUCCCAGUAUCGCAGGCAGUUAAAUAGUAUUAGGAUGAUUUUCAGGCUCUUCUUCCAAAAUGCUCUCCCUUUCCAAUUUCCGCAGUGCCUUUCCAGUCCCUGUUUUUCCUUCCCUGUCUCUCAUCUGUAAUAAUGGAAAGAGUGAAAACAGCAUCCGCUGGGAGAUGCACAGAGGCUCUGCACUUGCUAUGUAACUUCUGUGAGUCUUAGCCUCCUUUCCAUCCAAUGAGAUACCUCCAGGGAUAGCUGUGGAGAUUAAUGUAAAAAUAAAAUAAAAUAAAAUGUGAAGCCAUGAAGGCUUCAGGUCCGGCACAGAGUAGGGGUUCAAUGCUGUCCCCCUCUCUCCUUUUUCCUGUCCCUUGUCUUUUGCUGUCUUUGGUUCCUGGUAAUCAUCUGUUUAUCUCAUUCUGAAAUAGUCUGAGUGGCGAUCACAAUUUAACCAAAUGAGGAUGAAGAAAAGUAGGUGAAAACUGAACACAAGUGCCAUCCGUUUUUCUCAUUUUUAAAGGCGCUAGAGAGGGAGAGAUAUGGUGUCAGUCUUGGAAGAUGCUUGCAAUUUGGGCACUCUCUUCCUCUUUGAUUCCACAGGACCUCAUGCACUCACUGGAGAAGAGGAUCAACUCUCUCAGUUGCAUGUAAAGGACAAGCGGGAGAGAGAACUAGCCACUUAUUGAUGUGAAUACAACAGCACUGUCUACCCCAGUGGUAAUUCUUCUAACACUGGAACUAACUGAUCACAAAAAAGAAUUCAUUUAAAAAGUACAGGUUUCAUAGCAAUAGCAAUAUAUUAGCAUAAAACAAGGUACUAAUGGCAUGCUAAUGAGAAAAUAAUGUUACCUAUUUGCUUUAAAUAUAAUACUUCGGAAAUACAAAAUGACAAAAUAUGGUGAGCAGGUGCAUGAAUUUACAGAUACUACUUGAACCAUGAAAUAAAACUUUAGGGGCCCUGUAUAUGCAUACAGAAGACCGAACUCUUGAUAUGUGAUCCUAGAUCCCCUUAUUAAAACGCUGGCUGAUUUUUUUGAAAAACUUAGGCUUUAUUCUAAGUUGGCUUUUUUUAAAUUAGGGAAUAAAAAUUCCUUUAAAAAAAAAUGUCGGGCCAGGUGCAAUGGGUCAUGCCUGUAAUCCCACCAGUUUGGGAGGCUAAGGCAGGAGGAUCACUAGAAACCAGGAGUUGGCCAUCGGCCUAGGAAGCAAAGCAAGACCCCGUCUCUACAAAUUUUUUUUAAAAUUGGCCAGGUGUGAUGAUGUGCACCUGGAGUCCCAGCCACUUGGGAGACUGAGGAAAGAGAAUCACUUGAGCCCAGGAGCUGGAGACUACAGUGAACUAUGAUUGCAUCACUGCAAUCCAGCCUGGGUGACAGAGUGAGGCACCGUAUUUAAAAAAUAAUAAUAGUAAGUUCAAUUAUUGCUCUCCAUUGCCAAAAAUUUUUUAUUAACUAUUACAUAUAGUCAUAAAUACAAACUUACGAUCUUGAUGUUUUCAGAACAAGACACCCUACAACUUUCAACACAUUCAUUGCUAUGCAAAAAGGAGACAAUAUAAGUUUAAUUGUUAUUGUUUUUUCUAGUAACUUGGCCUUGACAUACUGCAGUCCUUCUCAGGAACAAUCAUUCCACUUGCUUUUGUGAUAGAAUGCAGCCAAGUCAGCAAUGAAAUGCAAGUUGGUAUUGGGAAUGGCUGGUCUUUUUUUUUUUUUGAGAUGGAGUCUCACUUUGUCGCCCAGGCUGGAGUGCAGUAGCGUGAUCUCAGCUCACUGAAACCUCUGCCUCCCAGGUUCAAGCAAUUCUCUGUCAGCCUCCUGAGUAGGUGGGAUUACAGGUGCCUGCCUCCAUGCCUGGCUAAUUUUUGUAUUUUUAGUAGAGACGAGUUUUCACCAUCUUGGCCAGGCUGGUCUUGAACUCCUGACCCUGUGAUCCACCCGCCUCAGCUUCCCAAAGUGCUGAGAUUCCAGGCGUGAGCUUUAAGUGUUAUCCAACCCUAUAAAAAGCUACGUAUUUUUUCCUACCUUUUCCUCACCUUUACUUGGUUUCCCAGAACAUGUUCAAUGAUCCCAAAUCCCACGCUGCACUCUCUUUCUCUCUCCACCCUCCUUCCAUUCUCUCCCUAGUAAAAAAAGUGCUAACUACCAAGUGUCUGGCUUGAACAAAAAGUUACAACACGGCUGCUCCCAGUGUUGGACUAUCAAGCUGAAAGCAUGUGCACAAAGCAGCUGAUAUAAGCACCUCAGUCACAUGGCCACCAGUGGGGACUGAGCUGGGCUCAUGAACCUUCCAGGCAGCAACUUUGCAAUAUGGUUCUCAGCCUUUCUCCGUUCACAUCCAUGCUUCUGCGGAGCCGUUCGUUAGGUCUCAGAUCCCUUUCACCUUCCACAAAGGAUGCUAUGAAACAGCCUGCUGCUCAAAUCCGAAAUAAGAAUGGAAAGUGCACAAUAUGACCCAGUAGAUCUCCUUUGCCCUUCUGCUAUUUAGCCAACCUGCAAACAAAGACAUGCUGACUCUUGUAUAACCAUCCGAAGAGGCUAAGGAUGAACAACUACUGUGAGAUAGAAGGCAAUUGUCACAUGCUGUGCCCCAGCGAUCUUUCUUAACUUGUUUAUUUACAUAGUGGGACAGUUACACAAGACGAGCUGCUUCUCAGAAUCCAGCUAGCAACCAUUCCCUCAGGGAAAGUUUUUAAGGCUGACGGGCCUCGGAGAGCCAGAGUAAGAAGAAUCGAAGCCCCAGUUUAAGUCCUGUUAAGCUUUCAAUUUGGAAAUAAUUUUGAAAUAAUUUCUCAUUGUUAGACUAUAAAUGCCCGGCCAGGCUAUGUUUCAGCUGGAGUCAGCCAAAAGUAGAAGCAGCUUGGUCAUAUACUUUUUUAUGUAAGAACCUUAUUCAUUCAGCCCCAGGCUCCGAAUUUGAUAACAUGUUUUCUAUGGACUUCUUCUCUUCAUAUCUAACAAUAUUAAAGAAGAAAAACAGGGAAAAAGUAUAAUGACUCCCAUAUAUAUAUACUCAGAUAUAGCCAAAUGGAACUGCUAGCAGUUUGCUUAAACACACAGUCUGGUUUGGGGUCUGCAUACAUGGGCACCUAGAGCCUCUUGCAAAGCCCUCCCUAGCCUCUGCCUAUCCGAAUUCCCCCCAUUUUAAAAAGCCUAUCCAAAUGUCUCUUUCUCUGGCUUGCAAUCAUCACCCCAGUCAAAAAUAAUAUUGCUCACCUGGCAUUGUGUUCGUGUCCUUUUCGAGACACCUAUGUGGCCUCAUGUUAGAAGCUUUGGAUAAUUUCUCAAUGGAUCCUUAGCAGGUUGGUGACCGUAUCUUUGAUAUCUUUGCAACUUCUGAAAUGAUUCUUGUCUUUAAUGAUUCAAUGCCUUAAAUGUGAUAGGCACUUUCUAAGUAUUUUGCCUCUAGGUGAUUAAAAAUUGGAGAAGUAGAGAAAUCAAAGAGGAACAGAUGCUUAAUAAGGACCACGUGUGUGCCUUGUCUUACCUGUAAGAGCCCUCCAAUUCCUGACACGUGAGGGUCAGGAGUCUGUGCUGUAUUUACUCCUGGUGUUAAAGCCCUUGAAGUUUAUAAGUUAGUUUUUCACUGGAAAAGUUUUUAUUUGAGUUGUUUCUUGAUAACGAAGGCUGAUAGUUUACACUCAGCUGUUGAUGCUUGUUUGAAGUUUUGUUUUGUUUUGUUUUGUUUUGUUUUUUUAAAGAGAUUUAUCAGGUCCGUCUUUUACCUGGCUGCCGCCGCUGCCUUAUAGAAAGCGAAGGCACUUUCUCUAACUUUGACAGCUGAAAAGUUUCCUGCCCCUGGUCUUGUUUGUCUUCUAUGGCCUUUGCCGUUCCUCUCUUUUUCUUUUAACUCUUUUAGUGAGGGCUGCUUUUGGGUGCUUCGUCAGCUCUGAGGCACGUCAAAUACGUGUAUUCUGCUUUCAGCAUUGUGUGGGGGAUCCUGGCGGCUGGAACUGCCUCUGGUCGGGGCUUAGGGCUGACUGCGAAAGUUCCUAUUUUCCUCUCUUCCUCUCAUUGGCUCCCGUGGUCACAUGAGGGCGGGGGGUUGGAAUUCUGAGUUGUGGCUUUGGCACUCCUUUUUCUUUUUAAAAAUCGCUGGGUCUGUUGAGCUGUCCUGGGCUGGGUGCCUUGCUCUUUGACUGAGACUGGAGACAGACGAAAAGAGCCACAGGCAGACUGAGGUGGCAACAGGAAAUCUGCCGAGAUGUUCAGUCAGGUGCCCAGGACCCCAGCCUCAGGCUGCUACUACCUAAAUUCCAUGACACCUGAGGGCCAGGAGAUGUACUUGCGAUUUGAUCAGACUACAAGACGCUCUCCUUACAGGAUGAGCCGGAUUCUAGCACGCCAUCAGCUAGUGACUAAAAUUCAACAAGAAAUUGAGGCGAAAGAAGCAUGUGACUGGCUCCGUGCUGCCGGGUUCCCGCAAUACGCUCAGUUAUAUGAGGAUUCACAAUUUCCCAUCAACAUUGUGGCUGUCAAGAAUGAUCAUGAUUUUCUUGAAAAGGACCUUGUAGAACCUCUUUGCAGACGACUAAAUACGUUGAAUAAGUGUGCCUCAAUGAAACUUGAUGUGAACUUCCAAAGGAAAAAGGGUGACGACUCCGAUGAGGAAGAUCUUUGUAUCAGCAACAAAUGGACUUUCCAGAGAACCAGUCGCAGGUGGUCUCGUGUGGACGACCUCUACACCCUGCUCCCUCGAGGAGACAGAAAUGGGUCACCGGGAGGCAUGGGGAUGAGGAACACGACCAGCAGUGAGAGCGUCCUCACAGACCUGAGCGAGCCUGAGGUCUGCUCCAUUCACAGUGAAAGCAGCGGGGGCAGUGACAGCCGCAGCCAGCCGGGCCAGUGCCAUACCGACAGCCCGGUCAUGCUGGAUGCCCCACUGGUCAGCAGCAGUCUCCCGCAGUCCCCCAGAGACGUCCUCAGCCACCCCUUCCACCCCAAGAAUGAGAAGCCCACCAGGGCCAGGGCCAAAUCAUUUUUGAAACGCAUGGAAACACUCCGAGGAAAGGGAACCCACGGGAGGCAUAAGGGGUCAGGGCGGACAGGUGGCCUGGUGAUCAGCGGGCCCGUGUUGCAGCAGGAGCCAGAGUCCUUUAAGGCCAUGCAGUGCAUCCAGAUACCAAAUGGAGAUCUCCAGAAUUCACCGCCAGCUGCCUGCAGAAAGGGGCUCCCAUGCUCUGGCAAGUCGAGUGGAGAGAGCAGCCCCUCAGAGCACAGCAGCAGCGGGGUGAGCACACCCUGCCUGAAGGAACGCAAGUGCCACAAGGCCAACAAGCGCGGGGGCAUGUACUUGGAGGACCUGGAUGUGCUGGCGGGGACAGCACUGCAGGAUGCAGGGGACCAAAGCCAUACGCAUGAGUUUCACUCCCAAGAGAACUUGGUGGUGCAUAUUCCCAAGGAUCACAAACCAGGAACAUUCCCCAAGGCUCUUUCUAUUGAAAGCCUCUCUCCCACAGACAGUAGCAAUGGGGUUAACUGGAGGACCGGUAGCAUCUCCCUGGGCAGACAGCAAGUUCCUGGUGCCAGGGAGCCCAGGCUCAUGGCAUCCUGCCACAGAGCCAGCCGAGUCAGUAUCUAUGACAACGUCCCUGACUCCCAUCUGUAUGCCAGCACAGGAGAUCUUUUGGACUUGGAGAAAGAUGACUUCCUCCCUCACUUGGAUGACAUUCUGCAGCAUGUCAAUGGGAUCCGGGAGGUAGUGGAUGACUGGUCCAAAGAUGUCUUGCCUGAACUACAAACUCGUGAUACGUUGGUUGGGGAACCUGGCCUAUCCCCCUUUCCGCCUCCUAAUCAGAUCACCUUAGAUUUUGAAGGUAACUCUGUCUCAGAAGGUCGGACAACACCCAGUGAUGUGGAAAGAGAUGUAACAUCUCUUAAUGAAUCUGAGGCUCCAGGGGUCAGAGACAGGAGGGAUUCUGGUGUAGGGGCCUCUCUGACCAGGCCAAACAGGCGACUCCGAUGGAACAGUUUCCAGCUGUCUCACCAGCCCCGGCCAGCCCCAGCAUCGCCCCACAUCAGCAGCCAGACAGCCGGCCAGCUGAGCCUGCUCCAGCGCUUCUCGCUGCUCCGCCUCACGGCCAUCAUGGAGAAGCACUCCAUGUCCAACAAGCACGGCUGGACAUGGUCAGUUCCAAAGUUCAUGAAGAGGAUGAAAGUUCCCGACUACAAAGACAAGGCUGUCUUUGGCGUUCCUCUCAUAGUCCACGUCCAAAGAACGGGACAGCCCCUGCCUCAGAGUAUUCAGCAAGCACUGAGAUAUCUACGCAGCAACUGCCUCGAUCAGGUGGGUCUUUUUCGCAAGUCGGGAGUGAAGUCUCGAAUCCAUGCCCUACGCCAAAUGAAUGAGAACUUCCCUGAGAACGUCAGCUAUGAAGACCAGUCUGCUUAUGACGUGGCGGAUAUGGUGAAACAGUUCUUCAGGGACCUCCCUGAGCCUCUUUUCACCAACAAGCUCAGCGAGACCUUCCUCCACAUCUAUCAGUAUGUCCCCAAAGAGCAGCGGCUGCAGGCUGUGCAGGCCACCAUCCUGCUACUGGCCGAUGAGAACAGGGAGGUUCUGCAGACGCUCUUGUGUUUCCUGAACGAUGUCGUCAACUUAGUGGAAGAGAAUCAGAUGACACCCAUGAACCUGGCAGUGUGUCUGGCCCCCUCCCUCUUUCAUCUUAAUUUAUUGAAGAAAGAAAGCUCUCCACGAGUCAUACAGAAGAAAUAUGCCACCGGGAAGCCAGAUCAAAAGGACCUCAACGAGAAUCUGGCAGCAGCGCAGGGGCUUGCGCACAUGAUCAUGGAAUGCGACAGACUUUUUGAGGUUCCACACGAGUUGGUGGCCCAGUCUCGUAACUCGUAUGUGGAGGCUGAGAUCCACGUGCCAACCCUGAAAGAAUUGGGGACACAGCUGGAGGAGAGUGGGGCAACUUUCCACACUUACCUGAACCAUCUCAUCCAGGGCCUCCAGAAAGAAGCCAAGGAGAAGUUCAAGGGAUGGGUCACGUGCUCCAGCACCGACAAUACAGACCUUGCUUUCAAAAAGGUGGGCGACGGGAACCCGCUGAAGCUGUGGAAGGCUUCUGUGGAGGUGGAAGCGCCCCCCUCGGUGGUCCUGAACCGUGUGCUGAGAGAGCGGCACCUGUGGGACGAGGACUUUGUGCAGUGGAAGGUUGUGGAGAGUCUAGACCGACAAACAGAAAUCUACCAGUACGUGUUGAACAGCAUGGCCCCCCAUCCUGCCAGAGACUUCGUGGUUCUCAGGACCUGGAAGACCGAUUUGCCAAAAGGAAUGUGUACCCUGGUGUCCCUCUCUGUGGAGCACGAGGAAGCGCAGCUCCUGGGUGGCGUGAGAGCGGUGGUGAUGGACUCCCAGUACUUGAUAGAACCAUGUGGCUCUGGCAAGUCAAGACUGACUCACAUCUGCAGGAUAGACCUGAAAGGUCACUCCCCAGAAUGGUACAGCAAAGGCUUUGGACAUCUGUGUGCAGCAGAAGUUGCCAGGAUUAGAAACUCUUUCCAGCCCCUCAUUGCUGAGGGCCCAGAAACUAAAAUCUGAGUUUUCCCCAGUGUGACAUCCAACUCAGGGAAGAGGAAACUAAAGUAACACGUAUGGAAGGGAGUGUGCACGUGAGAACGCAGGAGAAAGAGGAACUGACGGAUGUGGUUAAUGCCUAAAAAUGGAAACGUUAAGAAGCUGGAAUGCUGGAGGUGCAAGAAUUUCCAAGAACUUUCCUAGCCUUCCUGGAGAUGGCUACAUCCCUACUAAUAUAAUUUUAAAAUGAGAACAUUUAUCUAUGUUGCUUAAAAUUAAAUGGAUUAUUCCUUGCGCAUUGCCUAAUUUGCUAUUUUAAGGCUUCUAAGAAGCGUAUACUUAACUGUAAAUAAAUGUAUGUAUAGCAUAUGUACAUAUGUGUGUAUAUCUCCAUCUUUACUGUAUAUAUGUAAAAUACCAAUUUUAUAUAGAAUUGUGUGUUUUGAAAAGGAUGGUGUCUGACUCAGUGAGUCCCUUCCUCACAUAGUUCUUUCCAAGUGGCACUGGGCCCCAUCUCUCUACUGUCCUGUAAGCUGUGCAGAACCUGCUGCUAACACCAAGGUGUGAACAUGCCCUGAUGCCUAACCAAAGAUUAGCUAACCAAAGGAAAAUAACAUUAAAGGGGACUUAUGUGUUGAUGCUUUGUUUCUGUUAUUCAAAAACUGAGAGUAGAGUUCUGGGAUGAAGCAGGGAAAGAAUACUCCUCCUCGAAGCAAAGCAGUGGGUGAGAAGUCAUUACCAAAUGUAAGGCUAGAUGAGGAGUUGCCACUCAGCCCAAUGAGAAGCAAUUUCAGUAAGAUGUGGACCACUGGAAUCAGUGAGAAUGACUGAAACAGAAGCAAUACUUCCCACUCCCAUGCCCACCACUACAGACCCCAAGUCAAGAUGAAUACGAUAGCUUUUACUUAUUCACAGCCAAAGGGAGCUCCUGUGUUGCCUCAAGUUUUUAUACAUUCAUUUCAUAAUGUUGUGAAGUUGUUGUUCUAUUUGACCAGUGGCCUAUUUGGUCACAGUUAAUUGGUAUUUUCUCAUUGCACUGAAUUCAACUCUGGACACCACAACACGAGGGGAGAUGAUGGCCGUUCCGUUCAAAUCCUAGAUCAUUACAGCUUCAGGGAAUUCGUAUUUUGCUAUGUGUAGGAUGUUCUUAAAAUGUAAUUCAUUAAACUUUUGCAAUCUGAAAGACAGGGUUUUUAACUAACAUAAGACCAAAACUAUGUUCUUUGAUUAGUUUUAGAAAGUGUAAUAGGGUUUAUUAAUUCUCUGUUUCUUCACUAGCCAGUCCAAGCUACCUAUGCAUUUGACCCAACCUUAUUUAUUAUUGUACAGACUAAGAAAAUUGACUCCCCUUAGCCGAAUGCUAAUGGAUCUAAUGUGCUUCUUAUUGUAAUUCAGCAGCUCUGGAGAGAAAGAUAACUUAUUGUGUGUUUGAUUUCAGGGAGAGAGGUUUUCUUUGGUCAUUUAUAAUAGAGAUUGAUAUGAUUUAGCAACUUGUGUUGGAGGAAAAAAAGGAAAAGCAAAUGAGUGUUUUCAGGUUUUUGUAUUAUAUGCAUUUAUAUAAUGUUUCUGUUAGCAAUGUGCAAUUAUUUUAUUGAGAGGAAUAAAAAUGCUUUCUACGAGUUUGGUAUGGUGCAAGGAAAAUCAUACAGUUUGAAUUACGACCUAGAAAUUUUUUAUUCCCAUAUCUACAAGAAGGUAACAGCAAAUCCGUAAUUUGCCAUUUGGGCAAUGCUUUGUGAGCAAAACAAAGUCACUUCUGCCAUAACAUCUUAGAUAUAACCAUGUAUGCAAGAUUAUUUUGUAUGCAUCAGCAAGAUCUCUAGUGAAGUUUAAUCUAGCUAAACACUGGUCCUGCUCCAGAGACGGGAUCCGAUGUGUUUGGAAAAUGUGAUAGGCACACGAGGAUGAGUGGCUUUGGAUCACCCGGAGAGGCGCUUGUCCAGCUUUCACAUGCACACAAAUUGCCUGGGGAUCUGGUGAAACUGCAGACUCUGCUCCAGGUAAUCCGGGCUGGCCUGAGAUUCUGCAUUUGUGAGGAGUCUCAGGGAUGCCUAUCCUGCUGGCCUAAAACCACACUUAGAAACAAGGACCUAGAAGAUCCCUAAAACAGAAUAAAAACAAAUGUGAUUGUAUUUCUGACUCUCCCCCUCUUCAAAUUACCUUUUUUCUUUGUGCACAAAGUAAUCACACCACCACUGCCUAACAACACGGUGCAUCUUUUUAAAAAAAGAAAAAGGGAAAGAAAGGAGAAAACGCAUCAAGCUUGUUUGUCAAAUACCAUAGUAUUUUAUUCAUUGUUAUCUUGCCAAUGGAAAUAAAGUAUGAUAUUGCAUUUAAAUAUUAUAUUUAUACCUCAUGUAUAUUUUUACCUCAAUUGUUGGCAUCAAUCAUCAAUUGUAAAUAAAUAAUUGCCAGGGCAAAUAAAUUUAUAUAUAUUAAAUAUUUCCU